AUGAAGGCUCGAGAUGUCACCAGAAGUACACGAGGUGGUCGCAGAUUCACCCUUACACCUGAUUAUGAUAUGUCAAGUUGGGGCUUCAUGACAAGUGAAGGUCCUCAUCAGGAUUACCAUGAGACGGCAGCUACCCGGAUCCGAAACGUCGCCAAAAGACCGAGGUCACAACCUGCUGAAGAAGACCACGAGGAUGAGGUACCACUAUCUGCUCCCCAAAUUGAAGAAUCCUACAGGAUUCAUCAAAGAACAAGAGGAGCACCUAGACCACAAACCAGCAUCAGAAGCAGUAAUGCACCAGAUUUAAAACCAGUCCCAAGAAGACUAAAUCCAGAUUCAGUUAGACAAAAUGUCAGAAAAGAACCAAAAAUCAUCCAAACUCAAGAGUCUCCGAGACAAAAGCACAAUCAACGUGAACCAACUUCCAGACCUGUUGUAGAAAAUUCUGCACCAAGAUUAGAAUAUGCAAGACCAAUACGUACGAGAAUCAGUUCUAGUCAUGAACAACCUGGUAAAUCUUUACCUGCACAAAAUUUUGAUGUAAUAACCUUUGGAUCGUCCCAAGAUGACCUGAGCAAUUCAAAACACAAAGCCAGCAAUGAUCAGAAUCAUAAAAAUACACCAGUACCGAAUCAUGAUGUUCUAACAUUUGGAAACAAUCAAGAUACCUCAAGUUUUGAUAAAGUUUCAAAACCAAUUUCGUACUCAGAUAUAGUUAAACCGACUGCUGAUGAUUACCAAACUUAUCCCAUCCAUACACGCAAGAAGAUUUUGGAACCAAUAAAUAUAGAACCAACCAAAACUGAUAUAAGCGAGUCUUUAAAAAAUCAAUCAAAAGAAAUAGUUCAAGAACCACAAACACGAGCAGAAAAUCAGCUUAAAUCACAUCUUGAUGUAAAUACGAGAACUAGUUCUGAUAAUUCGAGUCCAUCAGCUAUUAAAAAUGAAGAAGAACCACAAGCAUACAUGAAAGACACUUUAAAGCAACCGAACACCAGACAACACAGAUUUUUAGAAAAUGAUAGGAUACAAAAAGAAACCACUUCACUUUCUGAUAGAAGAAAUCAUAAAAAGUUGGAUAUAGAUAUAGUAGAACCUGCACCAAGACGUAGAGGUACUGUCAGGGCACAAAAACAAAAUGAAAAUCUGAAGGAACAUAGACAACUUGACAUACCAAUUGAAACCACUUCGCAUCGGAAAACAAACCAACAAUCUAUUUCAAGACAUGGUAUUAAAUUUCAAGAUAUCAGAAGGCAGGAUACAAUAUACGAAGUCACUGAGGAUUUGGUAGAUGCAAGACCCAAUCAUCAUUUGUUCUAUUAUCCUGGUAGCGAUCAAAAAGAAGAUAUUAUCAAAAAUUUCAAACCAGAAAGCAUUACCAAGUCUGCAGAUAGAAUACCGCUGUUUACAACAGAACAUCCAGUAACGAGUGUUCCUGACAAAUUUAUAGUUCAAAGUAGUGAAACACCAUUAGAAGUUACUUCAAGACUCAGUAACAAUGCACGCAGAAGUACUUUAGAAAAAGCAGUAAAAGAAGUACCCACUGAAAGCUACAAGGUUGUUGAAACAUCUACCAAAAAAUUAUUCUUGAACCGUGGACGAUCAAGAUCCUAUCCUGCAAGAAAUAUUGCAGAAGCUUUGGAAAAUUAUGAUGAACCUCAAAAUUCUGAAAUCUUACGUAAACCAUCUGCAGCGAGACAAAGUUUGCAAUCUUCUUCUAGCAGAAAAUCUGAAACGGUUAUAGUGCCUAAAAGAAAACCUGUAUCUACAGAUAAAAUUGAUAGGUAUGAAGAAGAACUGGGUAAUGUUAAAAAGGAGCGUACCAUAAGAUCAAGAAGUAGGUAUCAAGAUAACUCUAAGCCUAAACAAGAUAGUGCAGAACGUAUAUCCUUACUUCCAGCAAGUACUGAAAAAAACAUUGUAAGACGUGGUGAAAGCACCAGAUUUAAAAGCAGAUACAUUGCAGAAGCCUCGGAGGAUGAAAACGUUUUAAGAAAACCAGAAAGACGUACCUCAUCUCGUGGAUCAAUUAAAUCUAAUAACGUGCCUGACAAAACCUCAAAGGAAUCAACAGAAGCAUCACGAACCAAAAAUUUUACGAUUCGCAGUAGGUCCAAAUACGAAGACAAAUCUACUACAGAAACUUCUUCAUCCAGGGAACAAAUUUUUAGAAGCAGAACUCAAAGUGACGCUACCACUGCCAGAUCAAGAAGACGUCCAGAAGUUCAAGAAAAAUCUAAGGAUGUAUCAGCAGAAACUAAACUCAAAUCUCGGCAGAGUGCUGUCAGAGGUCGAAGCAAGUCGUCAGAAUCGAAGGAAGAAAGUAUACAAGUUAACUCAAAGGAAAGAAACUCAGGUCCAAGGCAUGCAGUAAAAGAGGAAGUCCAAAGAUUUACAGUACGUUCUCGUUCUCAAGAAAAACCCAAAAGCUCCAACGAGAAUUCAACGAACCGAUCAACAAGUCGCGAGAGGCAAAAAUCAUCAAAAAUCCAAGAGACCACAAUACUUCCUCGAGCCAAUCGUAGACGAAACAAAAUUACAUCUAAUGAAAUAUUCGAGGAGAAGCUAAUAGCAUCUUCUUCAACUACUGUGUCAACUGUUACGAGUAUCACGACUGAUAGAACAACUACAGAAAAACCAGUGACGAAACCGAUUCUGAAUGAAAUAUUGGAAACUACUGAAAAAACUGUGCAGACGACAACUACUACUUUGAAACCUGUUCCAGAAAGCACCGUGGCUAGCACCAGUAAAACAUUAGAACCAGCUGCACAGUUGACUACUACUGCAAAAUUAGAACGUACCACCAGAUCUUCAGAUAGAGGAGGCGUUACCAAGUCUAAAUUGGAAACCGAAAACGAUGAAGACGACGAAAUCAACGAAAACGACAAUUACCCUGAACAUUUCCGACAGCUUAUACUCAAAAACAAAGGCAAACCUUCAAAACCAAACAACAAAAGCGACUUGGACAAACCAGCUGCAACUACAGAAAAAAUCAAGCACCACACAACUCCAAAAUAUUUUGCAGAUUCUGUAGAAAUCUCCUCAAUAGAUAACUUAGACCGCAUAAAAAUCCAGGAUAUUAAAUCUUCGUCUCCAAAAACAAGUGAAAGGGUUGAAGUCAAAACAUCAGUCAGCACUGGUAAAACAACUACAAGGUUCAGACCGAAAUUUCCUCAAAGCACCAGAAAAUUUAUGUCCAAAGAAAAGACUUCCAAGGAACUGUCAGACAGUUCCAGCGAGGUUGCAGAUGCAAUUGGGAUCGAUUCUGCGAAAGUAUAUUCGAAGGAGGUUGUUGAUGAUAAAACUGUAGACAAAGAUGGAGCUAAAACCAGAACAAGUUUUGGUAAAACCAAAAGUGGUGGAGAUAAAGUUGUGUUUCCCAGUUUGAGGAAUAGUUUGGGAUCAAGAAAUCGUCACACGACGACUACUGCAAAGCCUGUUACUGAAAUUGUAACCUCGGUUAUUGCGGAACAAAUUGAAUCAGCACGUGUUACCACUGUUCGUCCAUCGGAACAAACGACAGUUCACAAAACUUCUGACUCAAGAGAUAAUUUGCCCCAGCCCAAAAUCCGUGCAUAUCGUCCAAAACCACCAACAGACAAAUACUCCAGAAGUCGCCAAAAUAAUCGUGUCUACAAUUCAUUGAAUGGUCAAAAGAAAGAAGAAUCAGAAACAGCUCCACCAACCACUACUGAGAGCCAAAAUGUUUUGAGCAAACACCAACUAAUUGCCCAAAGAACUAAUUUUGAAGACUUACCCACGAAAUCCGUCAAACAAUUCCUGGCGCGUCAAAGGGCAUCCGUGACAUCAUCAGCUGGUGUGACAUCUCGUGUCACUUCAGUUAGAGAUCCUCCUCCCAACUACUUGCCGACAGUCCCGACCGUCAGACCCACAAAGGCCUUGAGCUGGGAUUGGGUAAUUCGCCAUCAUACAUCCGCAACAUCAUCUCAACAUCAUUUGGGUGCAAAUUCAGUUUCGGAUUAUGCCAAUGAUGGGGUCAUACCACUGUCAUGGUCAUAUCAGAAGCAUCAUCAUUCACCAGAACCAUAUUACUACCGUUGA